GCUGAUAUCUCGGUGAGUAAUUAGUCUAUUUAUUGUAAUUAUUCUGGUUUUAUGAGUAUAGUUUACACAUAAAAUACAACCAUGAUAUUACGAUUCUUUACGCUCUUAGUAGCUGCCCUCGAGGGGGUCCAGGCUACAUGCGGUAUUGAUAGACGUCAAGUAGUUCGAUCUUUCAACCCUCACCGUAAUGCUAGCUCAAAUACCACACCGUUGCAAGUUGGCAAUGGGAAUUUCGCAUUUGGAGUAGACGUUACGGGUCUACAAACGUUCAGUCCCUUCGCAACAAUGUCGACAUGGGGUUGGCAUAACUUCAGUCUCCCAGAUACACCUGGUCAGACAUCAGUGAAUGAUUUCACCGGCUUAGAUUGGUGGACACAUGGUCGACUUGUUAAUUAUAACCAGCCAAACCCGGCGCAAAGCGAGAUAUCCAACUGGCUCAUUCAAAACCCCCAACGAGUAAAUUUGGCGACUAUUGGCCUUUGGUUUGGUGAAGAUGAUAUAGCCGAGGAUGUGUUAGAAGACAAGUCCCAGAAGCUUGAUCUUUGGACUGGCAAGAUCUCGUCCUUUUUUACUUAUAAAGGAGCCUCGGUCAAGGUUGAGACCUGGGCGGACUCCAGCUCGGAUACAGUCGGCAUUGCUAUAGAAUCGGAACUAAUAUCUACAGGAUCUUUGGGUGUUUUCUUUGACUUCCCUUUUCCAACUCGGGAUAAGUUUGGCGCACCUUUCGUUGGUGUCUUCAAUGCUACAGACAAGCAUGCUACGGUUCUUGAAAGUGGUGACAAUAGAGCAACUAUUCGACAUGAUAUAGAUGAUACAUCCUACUACACUUCCGCCGUGUGGGAUGCGGAUGCUGAGAUAUCGGGGCCGGUGAACGGAACUCACCGGUAUACACUAAAGCCAUCACAAGGACCGAACAGGAUUGAGUUAUCAGUCACUUUCUCUCCGACUUCGAACAUAGACAUACCAUCCUUUAGCAGCACCGCCUCUUCAUCUAUAACAUGGUGGGGAUCAUUCUGGCGAUCUGGUGCAUUUAUUGAUCUAUCAGGUGUUAAGUCGCCCAAUGCUACCGAGCUCCAACGAAGAACAAUACUAUCACAAUAUCUAACGGCCGUCAACUCUGCUUCCUCAUAUCCCCCACAAGAAUCUGGGUUGGUGAAUAAUGGGUGGUAUGGCAAGUUUCAUCUUGAGAUGAUAGUAUGGCAUCUAGCUCACUUCGCCCGGUGGAAUCACUUCCCACUCCUACGGCGCAGCGUUCCCAAUACAUAUAGCCAGUACCUGGACUCAUCAAUAGAGCGAGCGAAACUCCAAGGCUACGACGGUGCUCGUUGGGGCAAGAUGACCGAUCCCACAGGAAGAUCCGCUCCCGGCGAGAUCAAUUCCUUGCUUAUCUGGCAACAACCUCAUCCAAUGUAUUUCGCAGAGCUCGAAUACCGAUCUUAUCCUACCAAAGACACUUUGAAUUCAUGGGAUGAAAUCCUCAUCUCAAGCGCCGAUUUCAUGGCAUCCUACGCCUUUUUCAACUCUUCAACAAAACACUACGACCUCGGCCCACCAAUGUAUCCCGCAUCCGAGAACACAAGCCCCAAUGCCACCAUCAACCCCGCUUUCGAGCUCGCAUACUGGCGUUUCGGCCUCGACAUUGCUAUCACCUGGAAACAGCGACAGAAUCUCAGUAUACCCCCAAAAUGGGUCGAAGUCCGCAAUAAUCUAGCUCCGCUACCAACUGCUGAUGAUGCGUUUGCGAUAUACGAGGGUAUACCGAAUAUGUGGCAGAACACCACGAUACAAGACCAUCCAGCUAUGUCCGCCAUCUUCGGUCUUCUUCCCCCGCCGAGUAGUGGGACGCCGCUUAAUAUGACGGUUGUUAGGAAUACGGCGGAUAAGAUCCGUGAUCUGUGGGAUUUGGGGGAUUGUUGGGGUUGGGAUUUUCCGAUGUUGGCUAUGAACUCGUUACGCCUUGGGGAUAUCGACCAGGCAGUAACGUAUCUUUUACACCCAUUGUUCGAAUUCGAUGAUGCUGGAUAUCCGGUUGGCGGAUCGCGCGUGCCGACGCCUUAUUUCCCGGGCUCGAGCUCGUUUCUCUUGGCUAUGGCUAUGAUGGCUGGAGGGUGGGAUGGUGAGCCUGGGACGCACUUCCCCGAGGGAUGGGAUGUUCGGGUCGAAGGAUUUGUGCCGGGUUUAUAGUAGCAGCCGAUAGGUGUAUGAGUUUGUAUUUAGCAAUAGCUGUGAUAUAAAUACGCAUUCUGAUUAGACCACUA